UUAGAUCAAGAUUCUUGGGCGGAGCGUUGCACGUUUUAUGUCUAAGUAACCAUGUUUAUUUCUAAUUUAAAACCAGCCAAAGUUCAUAUUUUUGAAGAACUGUCUUCUGAAGUGUGAGUGAAAUUUGCCCAGACAUGGAUACUGUAUCAGACUCGAUGCUUGUGAGGGGACUGGUGUUCAUAGGUGGCUUCACAGUGCUGUAUUACAUGCUCAAAUGGUCCUGGAUUUGCUGGUGUGGAUUCAGAGUGUAUGUGCUGUCAAAAGUUUGGCAAACUGAUUUAAAGGCAUAUGGACAAUGGGCAGUUGUCACAGGGGCUACCGCAGGGAUUGGCAAAGCUUACGCAAAUGAGUUGGCCAGAAGAGGUCUGGACAUUGUACUGGUCAGCCGGUCAAAAGAUAAACUCCACAUUGUCGCCAAGGAGAUUGAGAGCCAACAUGGACGCCAGACCCAGAUCAUCCAGACAGACUUCACAAAGGGCCAUGACAUCUACCCUGCUAUAGCUGAGGCACUACGGGACCUGGACAUAGGCAUCCUGGUUAACAAUGUAGGCAUGAACUAUUCUGACAAGUUGGUACAUUUCCUGGACAUUCCCAACCCUGAGCAGAGAACCACCCAGGUGAUUAACUGUAACAUCCUCUCUGUCACCCAGAUGACCAGACUGGUUCUCCCACGCAUGGUUUCAAGAGGGAACGGUCUGAUCAUCAACAUGUCUUCAGAGGCAGGUGCUCAACCACAACCCAUGCUGUCUCUCUACUCCGCCACCAAGAUUUUUGUGACAUAUUUUUCCAGAUCUCUGAAUUCAGAGUACAGGUCACAGGGAAUAACAGUUCAGUGUGUGGCUCCCUUUAUGGUGUCCACUAACAUGACCCACAACUUGCCCCCCAACCUGUUGUUGAAGAGUGCCAGUGCUUUUGCCCGUGAAGCUCUGAACACAGUGGGUCACUCCAGCUACACCAGCGGCUGUGUCUCUCACGCUCUUCAAAACAUUGCUCUGUCCAUUUUCUUCCCUGAUUGGCUACGCCUUUCAUCCUACUGUGUGAAGCAGACAGAGAAAUUUGCACAGAGCAUGGAGAAGAAAAUUGAUGAAAUGACAGAACGUUCUGCAAGCAAAGAGGACUAAGGAGUGCAAAGGAGGUUGUUACUGAAACGUUGGUGGUGCUUUAAAGAGGUCAUAUUGGAAAUUGAAACGAGUUUUACUUCAUAUGUAGAGAACUAAUUGAUCAAUGUUACUGUUUUUGCAUUGACUGCCAUUGAAAGGUAUUGGUAAUAGGAAAGAGAUUGUGUAAUGUUGAUGUGAUGUAAUAAGCUGACCCCAAAUCCAUCAUGAACUAUAUAGCCUGAGUGCAGCAGAGUAUGAUCUGUGGGAGACUCUCAAACAGGCUUCUAUAGUACAUAUGUUAGCUAUAUACUUAUUAGGGAUAUAGACUACAACAUAACUGAAUGCUUGAACAUAUGCAUGUUCUGGUUGAUUUGGACUUUUAACAUAGUACAAUUUUUGGCAUCAACAUUUACAUUUACAUUUAAGUCAUUUAGCAGACGCUCUUAUCCAGAGCGACUUACAAAUUGGUGAAUUCACCUUCUGACAUCCAGUGGAACAGCCACUUUACAAUAGUGCAUCUAAAUCAUUUAAGGGGGGGGGGGUGAGAAGGAUUACUUAUCCUAUCACAUUUUUGUGAUUUCGAUUUUCUUAGAAAUAAAUAGAAAGACAAUUACUUUUGUUUAUUUUAUUGCCUUUUGCCAACCCAUUCACAAAUGACUGUCAAAUUGUUGUUACUGAGUAACAUAUGUGUAAAGGAAACAAUAUGUUAAAAAACACAUGUUUAAUGUAAUUAUUUUGGUUUUUGACAUUUUCUAUUGCGUCAUUUGCUUGGACAGAGUCCUUAUUAACUCACAAGCAGCCUGUCUGGCACUCACUGGUCAGUCCACAGACU